GGCCCGCCUGGCCCCGCCCCUGGGGCGUUGACCAAGCCCGGUCUGCGCACGGGUUGCCUCGUUUCUGGCCUUCCCUUGCCUUGUACCUCGACUUCGCGCGUGGCUUGUUUUUGCUGAGUGGAGGCCCGCGUUUUCUGUUAUGUCUCUUCCGAUGCCCCACAACUCCUGAGCUACCCUUCUUUUAUGCGUUCUCUCCCAGCGCUGUGAUUACCGGGUUGCUUACCGGGCCCUCCUUCCUCAGAUUGCACCCCUUUCCUUGUGUCUCUUCUUGUCUUUGUGUCGGUUGUGAUUUUCCUAAUCUCUGAUUUUCCUUUUCCCUCGGACGCUCUCCCUCUUCGGACCCAUUUUCUCCCAUGCUUCAUGCCCUGAUAGCCUGGCCCCUUCCCGGCUUCUUCGCUACCGGGGACGCCUCUAGUUUUUCUGAAUUUCCGGCUGGCUCCACCCUCCGCGUUCAUCUUCCUCAAGAGUUCGCCCCUCUGGGGGCUCCUCUGUGUAAUCGUCGCCUUCUCUGGGUAUCUCUGUGAACUCCGUCUCAUGCCAUCCCGCCAUCUUCUCUGCCUUGGCCCCUUUUCUCUGUGCAGCCAGCUCUGUGUCCUUUUCUUCUCCCCCUCUAAAAUCGACUCCUCUUCUCCCUGAGAGCCCCACCUUUGUGCCCCACUCCUCAUUUUCCUACGCCUCCCUCUCUCUGCUGGUCCUCUGUCUCCCUGCAAGGUUCCAUUCCAUCAAUUUGUUUGUCUUUUGUAGGGGUGGCAUCCCCUCUGACUACUGCUCCAUCCUUUUUUUUUUUUUUUUUUUUUUUUGCUUGAGGAUUUCACUUCAAUCUUUUCUGGUUGCGUCUCCACUUGUACUCAGCUUGUUAGGUCCAGGUCCAGUUGUUCUGCAUCUGAGGCUGGCGUGUGCUGUCUUCUCUGAUUGGCCUAAUCCCCCUCACCCCCGUGAGAUCUGUUGUCAGCCUUCGUUUCUCUUUCCUGUGUCCCAGCUUUUCUGCGGGUCUUGGCACCUUUCUUGGCCACAGAUUUCUGGGUUACAGAGCAUGUGUGUCUGAGGCAUUGCAGGCAGAAAAGGGUGGCCGACGUGACCUCUAGCUGGACUGCUGGGCAGGGGAGCUGUCCUAGAUAAAAUUGGAAAGGUUGGGUGGCGCUUAUCUGGGGUGGGGUGGGGUGUGGUCGGGGGAGGCUUAAAGGCCAGCUAAAGAGGUUGAACUUGAUCCUUUAGGUAGUGGAGAGAGAGUGAGAGGAAGUGUGUGUGGGAGGGAGGGAUAGUGGUAGAGGAACAGGGUAACCAACGAUUAUAAAGAGCUUAGCAUUUGCCUAAUACUUAUGGUAAUAAUUUUAUUGAUCUUCACAAUGACCCUAUGAGAUGUAUUAUACUUCAUUUUAUAAAGAAGGUAGUAGGCUCUGAGUUCAACAAAUUGGACAGCUAGUAAAUGAAGGGGUAAAGAUUCCAACCUGGGUCUCUGAGGCCAAGACAAGGUGUUGCCCAGGCUGGUCUCAAAUUGCUGACCUCGAGCAGUCCUCCUGGCUCAGCCUCCCAAAGCACUGGAAUUACCGGCAUAAGCCACUGUGUUGCCCAGGCUGGUCUUGAACUCCUGACCUCAAGGGAUCCUCCUGGCUCAGCCUCCCAAAGCACUGGGAUUAGAGGCAUGAGCCACUGUGCCGGCCUGCAUCUUCUCCCUUGAUCAGAAACAGUGACCCAGAGACAGGUGGACAAAGAAUUCGGGGACUGACGGGAACUGAGCUUGGGAUCCAGACUGAAACUGAUUCCAGACUGACCUCUAGCACCCAGGACCCAGACACAGGGCCAUGGGACCCCAGCAUUUGAGACUUGUGCAGCUGUUCUGCCUUCUAGGGGCCAUCUCCACUCUGCCUCGGGCUGGAGCUCUUUUGUGCUAUGAAGCAACAGCCUCAAGAUUCAGAGCUGUUGCUUUCCAUAACUGGAAGUGGCUUCUGAUGAGGAACAUGGUGUGUAAGCUGCAAGAGGGCUGCGAGGAGACGCUAGUGUUCAUUGAGACAGGGACUGCAAGGGGAGUCGUGGGCUUUAAAGGCUGCAGCUCGUCUUCGUCUUACCCUGCGCAAAUCUCCUACCUUGUUUCCCCACCCGGAGUGUCCAUUGCCUCCUACAGUCGCGUCUGCCGGUCUUAUCUCUGCAACAACCUCACCAAUUUGGAGCCUUUUGUGAAACUCAAGGCCAGCGCUCCUAAGUCUAUCACAUCUGCGUCCCAUAGCUGCCCGACCUGUGUGGGCGAGCACAUGAAGGAUUGCCUCCCAAAUUUUGUCACCACUAAUUCUUGCCCCUUGGCUGCUUCUACAUGUUACAGUUCCACCUUAAAAUUUCAGGCAGGGUUUCUCAAUACCACCUUCCUCCUCAUGGGGUGUGCUCGUGAACAUAACCAGCUUUUAGUGGAUUUUCAUCAUAUUGGGAGCAUCAAAGUGACUGAGGUCCUCAACAUCUUAGAGAAGUCUCAGAUUGUUGGUGCAGCAUCCUCCAGGCAAGAUCCUGCUUGGGGUGUCGUCUUAGGCCUCCUGUUUGCCUUCAGGGACUGACCAUCUAGCUGCACCCGACAAGCACCCAGACUCUUUCACAUAACAAAUAAAAUAGCAGAGUUCCCUUUC